GGGGCUAUCGUCAGCGCGCACGGGCUUCGCGGGGAGGUUCGCGUGAUGCCGUUCACGGAUUUCGUAGAGGAGCGGUUCUUCUCCCCGUGCACACAGUGGCUCGAGGACGAAGCGCAAGGAAGAAGCGCGUCGGGGGAAUACAACAAACCAGCGGGGACGCUGUCGAAGAUUAACAUCUCCGGCGGCAGAGAGGUCACGACGAAAGGUCGGAACGAGUGCAUCGUGAAAAUUAGAGGCGUGAACGACCGAAACGCCGCGGAGGCGCUCCUGGGAAGGCGGAUGUACGUCCUCGCGUCCGAGAGACCGAGCUUGAGAGAGGCGGACGUCGGCGACGGCGACGACGACUUUUACGCGCAAGAGCUCCAAGGGCUGAGGGUCGUCCUGAAAGAAGGCGGCGACGAGGUCGGGAAGGUCAUCGACGUCUUCAGAGGCGCGGGGACGCACGACCUUCUGAAGGUUGAGAGGAAGACCAAACCUCCCGGAGAGUUUGUCUACGUGCCGUUCGUGAAGGACAUCGUCCCGACGGUGGACGUGCCGAACGGGUUCUUAGAGAUCACGCCGCCGCCGGGGUUGUUAGAC